GACCUGAUCAGUGGGAAGAAAUAAAGGCGACUUAAGGGUUUGGCUCACAGGAAUUGUCAUGUAAUUUCUAAUCAGGUUCGUAGAUUGAAGUAGCAUGAGUGAGAGAUCAGAGUGUCCUCGUUGAGACGAGGUUGACAUUAAAAUGUUUCUCCCCUUCCCCUGGAUCCUGGGAACUUCUGAAUCGAUGCCUUUUGAUUCAAACCCAAUAGACUCUUUUUUUCAAGGUCUUGUGGGUGCAUGUGGAAUAUCAGUGGUGUGCAAUUUGAUGAGAGUUUACUACUUCCUUCAAACAUUCAGUGAUUCUGAAUCUGAAAAUGAAAGCAAACAGAGAUCAUCCUCACAGAGCAAUGUUUUGAGAGGGAACUGGAAAACAUCUCUCCAGUUCUGGUCUCUGGUGGUCCUCCUGUCCCUGGUGGGCUCGAGGGUUUCCUCUCUGAUAGUGCUGGAGUUUUCUCUCCGAGCUGUUUCUGCCUGGGCAUCAUCAGGACUGGACGCCAAUUGCAGAAGCCUAGACUUGCUCCUCAUCCAGAGCCAGUUCUCCCUGGGUUGCGGCCUCACCUGUACUCUGGUAUUCCUCCAUCAGGGGGCUCCACGCAGCUCCUUCAACUUGUUUCUAGCAGCUGCUCUCAGCUGGGCACUGGCAAGCAUCAGCCACAGUCUGUGGAGCCAUGUGGCUAGACUCUACCCACUACAUAGCACAGAGCGUUACUGUGGGAAAUGCAUCACCCUCCUGACCUCCGGACACGCCAUAUUGGCUUCUCUGCAAAGAGCGGUUGUCUUGGCCUUUGCUCUAGCAACUGUGGCUUCCACCGCUACAGUUUAUGACCACUUCCUGUCCCAGAAGGAUGCUCUAAAGUCUCCAUUGACACUCUGCUACACUAUGUUGGUGGUCUAUGUUCAAGAGGACCAGAAUCGGCAGACUGGAACAAAAGCCUUGUUGGACACUGUAGUGGUGCGACUGGGAGGCUUACUGGUGCUCAUGCUGACCAUGGGUUACUGGUCUGAUGUCCUUCACGUCCUCAUCACUUUCCUGGGUGAAGCCGCAUGCCUGCUGCCCUCUCAGGACCUGCUGCAAUCUGUGUUAGAGGAGGAAGACACAAGCUCAAGCGAAUCCAGUCACAAACCAAAGGAACGCAGACGGAAAACAUCAGAUGUAGGGUGAUGGUGUACCUGCAGUCUACCUCAAAUAUCAAUGACUACCUCCAACGUCAAGAUGUGCUAAUACUUGAUAUUAAUAAUAAAAUAAUAAAAGGAUUACUGUGACUGUUUUUGAGUCUUGAGACAUAAAGAGACUGUUUUUGUUGUUCUGGAUGAUGUUUUUUCUGUAUGACACAGCAUAAUUAUACCAAACCCAAGUCGUUUAAUAAAAGUCUUGAAAGCUACACAGCAGCUGUCUCCAAUGUGGUCAUGGACAGAAAGUAUUAAUUACAUGUACUCAGUGUUGAACUCAAG